AUGACUAGUCAAGGAAAUAAAUGUCCUAUUUGUUUAAAGUUAUUCAAUGAUCCAAGAUGGAUGCCUUGUAAACAUAUGUAUUGUUUUAAAUGUAUACCAAAGUUACAUCGUCGUGAUCUUGAUACUAAAGAUCAGAUUGUAUUUGAAUGUCGUAUUUGUGCCAUGCGACAUGGAUUCAAUGAUUGGUCAACAUUGAAAUAUUAUGUUACAUUACAUUGUGUACCAUAUGUUACUGCCUUACGGUUUGAUAAAACAUCAUCGUCAUCAAUUAAAUCUUCCUGUUCUGUUUGUUUUAACGUGAUUAAUAGAGAUUUAAAUGUUGAUCAUCUUGAAUUUUGUAUUCAUUGUAAUAAAAAAAUAUGUCGUGAAUGUCUCAUUGAUCAUCGAAUGGAAUUAAAGAAGAAUAUUCUUCAUGUUAUUAAUGAAUAUCGUUUACUUGUGAGAAAGAAUCAACAACUUAUUCAAGGGACAAAGGAUAAACUUGAAAAUAUGAAAAUGCAUAUUGAUUUCUGUGCUUUCGAUUUCAUUGAUCAGAUUGACACAUAUUGUGAAUCAAUAUUUACUCAAAUAAAUGAACAAAAAUAUUAUGAAGAAACAAACUCAAGUUCCGGUUAUGAGUCACUAAAUGAACAGCCAUUUUCCGAUUUAGAUCAUGAUCUGAAUCAACAAUCAAUUUUACAUAAGAAUGUAAUAUUAACCGAACCAUCAGUCAUACCUAUUCAUUUACUUGGUGAACUCAUUUUACCUGACACAAAUUUAUUAACUUCAUUAGUAAAAUCAUCAACAUCCCGACUUCUUUGGUCAGUGACAUGUGUUUGUCAUCCAUCUCAUAUUGUAUUUGAAUCUGAAUCAUCAAAACUAUUUAUUUGCACUGAAUAUGGUUAUGUAUCUGUUUAUAGUUAUACGACAUUAAAUUUAUCACUCAUCGAUACAUUCUAUUUACAAUAUAAUGAAAAACCACAACCAGUUAUCAUUAAAUCACUUACAGUUUGUGUAUUUUCUCUCAUUGUUAUUUUCAAUUCAUCUGUAGAAUCUAUUCUUGAUUUUUAUUCACAUAAUGGUCUUCUUUUACAUUCUGUAACAUUAUUUAAUGAAUACAUUAGUCAAAUUCGUUUUGAUCAUAAUUAUUUAUGGUGUCUUGAAUUAAUUUCAUCAACAAUUUUCUAUUUUUUACUUCAAUCAAAUGAUAUUAUCAAUAAGAAUCUACCUGAAAAAACACAAUUUAUUUCAUUUAAACAACAAUCUUUUAAUCCAUAUCGAUUUGAUUCUAACCAAACAUUUGUUGCUGUUAUGGAUCGGGCAUCAACUGGAAUAAUUCUUCUAUUCGAUAGAUAUACUGCAUCUUAUUUAAAACAAAUCAAAACACCAUUAACAGAUUUACAACCGUACGAUAUUGAACUUACUAAUCAAAUGUUAAUAUAUCGUUUUCCUCAUAUUAUAUUAUUAACACAAUUAGACAAUGAACAAUCCAUCGAAUUUAUUAAAGCAAAUAGAAAUUUAAGUAUAACUAAAGGCAAAUCUGACACAGAAUUUCUUGUUACUAUAUUUACAUUAAUAAUGCCAUUAUUUACUCGUGAUUUUGUUUCAUGUCAUGUUAAACCUUCUGAAUCACAUUUAUACAAUGAUCCAGUUAUGCUAAUUUGUAGCCAUGCAUUUUGUCGUUCAUGCUGUUUAGAAUUAGCUAAAAUGAGCAAUAAUAAAUCAAUCAUGUGUCCCAUUUGUUCAACUCGAAUUCCAUUUGAUAAUCUUGAUCGAUUUGCUAAUAGUCUUAUAUCACAUGGCACAUUAGCAACUAUGGUUAAACAAUAUUUACGAGAAGAAAAGAGUCAUCAUAUUUGUGAUUCAUGUCAAAAAAAUUAUAUAAGUGAUGAUAAUGGAAAGUUAUGUAAAAAAUGUGAAAUAGAUAAUGGAAAUAUUAAAAGGAAAAUAAUAAAAACAAUAGAAAAUUGUGAAUAUUUAAUAGAAAAUCAGAAAUCAAUAUCAUUAGAAAAAAUUCAUGAACAAGCAAAUCAAUUACAUGAAAUAAUUGAUCAACAAACUAGAAGUUUUUUUACACAAAUUGAUAAAUACCAAGAAGAACUUGAAAAUCUACUAACAACACAACAAAAAGCAAAUGAUAUCAAUGCAUUAAAACAUCAACCUAUUGAUAUUAAUACAGUAUCUAGAUUAGUUGAACCUCGAUUAAAUACUUUGAGGAACAGUGAAAAUAUUCUUGAAAAUAUCAACGUUGAAAAAGAAAUCAAGCGUUUAACUGAUGUAGCUGAUCGACAACUACGAUUACUCAAACACAAAGCAGAUAUAGUACCGAUGCUUAGUUCUCCAACGGAAAAUUCCUUGGAUAAUAUAUUCGGUGAACUUCUUUACAAAUCGAUUGAAUCCGAAUCGAAAACAUCAAAUUCAUCAUCUGAUCAAUCAAUGAUAAAUACUUAUGGUGAUACAUCACUUCAAUCAAUUCCACCAAAAUUACCAAUGUGGACAGUAGUUAUUAAAGCACUUCCAGCUCAUCUUUGUGUUUAUCCACUUGGUAAAUCAACAUUAAUUUUUAGUUGUAGUACAAAUGGUAUUGUAUCAAUUUUAACAUAUAUUUCACCAGUUACAUAUGAUUCACCACGUUAUAUUCGAUCAAUUAGUCUUUUUCCUGAACAAACACAUAUUCUUGUACAAUCAUUUACUGUAUUUAAUCGUUUUAUGCUUUUGCAUGUUCAUCAAAAACAUGAUAAUGGUUCACUUUUUUUCUUUACUCAUGAUGGAAUACUUGAACAUGGACCUAUUCAAUUAUCAAAUCCUAUACAUCAAUAUCUUGCAGAUGAAAAUCGUCUAUGGGCUAUUGAUUCUAUGACACAAACAAUAUUUUUUCAUGCCCAACCGUUAUUUACACAUGAAAUAUCAUCAAUACUUUCAAAACGUGAUAGUUUUAUUUCAUUUGAUAAUGAAUCAAGUUUUAUUCCAUUCCGUCUUGCAUUAAAUCAUCAAUUAUUAGCUAUACUUUGUAAAGAUUUACAACAAGUAUAUAUUUAUAAUAAAAUAUCUCGUGAACGAAUAUUUACAAGUCAUUUCAGUGCUGGUACAAAUAUGAAUAUAGGGGGCAUUGCUUUAUUUCCACGUGAUAGUAGUUUAUUACUUAAAUUUGAUUGGUCAUUUGAUGGAAUUGUAAAACGUUCUUUAUUUAUACAUUUUAAUACAAAAAAUCAAUCUGUUGGACGAAUUGAAGGCAAAUACUGUUUAGGUGUAGUUAUUGGACCUAAUAAAGAAAUACUUAUUGGUUUUAAUCUUAGAACAGGUGUUAUAAGAUGUUAUAUGUAA